CCGCGGGGGGAGGGGCAGGAAAGGCCCCGCCCCGCCGUGACGUCACCGCCGCGCCCGUGACGCCAUCGCUCUGCGUCGCGCGAGGAGCGCGCGGAACGGCGCCGGGAUGAGCAGCGACCUGGACGUGUUUGUGGGGAACACGACACUGAUCGACGAGGAGGUGUACCGGCUGUGGCUGGACGGGCACUCGGUGGCCGAGGCGGUGGCGCGGCGCCUGCGGGGCGGGGUGCUGGAGCGGGAGGGGACAUCGGUGGCGGUGCUGCAGAGCGACACCCGCGACCACUACAGAACCUUCCAGAUGCUGGAGCGGCUCCUGCACGCCCCGCCCCGGCUGCUGCAGCAGCUGCUGUUCCAGAUCCCCCCCGAGCGGCAGGCGCUGCUCGUGCAGCGGUACUACGCCUUUGAUGAGGCCCUGGCCCGGGAGCUCCUCGGUAAGAAACUCUCCAAGGGCACCAAGAAGGAGCUGGAUGAGAUCAGCGCCCGCACCGGGGUCGGGAUCCGCAGCUGCCGGCGCCAGUUUGACAACUUCAAGAGAGUUUUCAAGGCUGUGGAGGAGCUGCGGGGGCCCCUGGCCGAGAACAUCCAGCAGCUCUUCCUGCUGCCCCCACCCCUCGCACGGGACUACGCCGCCAUCGUGUUCUUUGCCAACAGCCGCUUUGAGACCGGCAAGCGGCGCCUGCAGUUCCUGACCUUUGGGGACUUCGCCGCCUGCGCCCAGAGCAUGAUGGGGCACUGGAGCCAGGGGGCACUGGCACCCGAGGCAGCUGAGCCAGAUGGGGACCUGCCCAAGUCUUUCCUGCAGGACCUGAAAGAGCUGAAGGUGCUGGUGACCGACAAGGACCUGCUGGACCAGCACAAGAGCCUGGUGUGCUCGGCCCUGCGGGGGAAGAUCUCGGUCUACAACGAGCUCGAGGCCAAUUUCAAGGCGCUGUCCCGGGCGCUGGUGAACGUGGGGGGGAAGUUGACCCACGCCCGUGACGUUCGGGAUUUCUUCGUGGACCUGGUGGAGAAGGUGAUCGAGCCCUGCCGCUCCGACAAGUGGAGCCCGGGGGACCUGCGGCUCUUCCUGACCCAGUACACGGCGGCACCCCGAAACCUGCCCGGCUUCAGGCACCAGGCGCUGUGGGAGCGCUACAUGGCCGCCAUCACUGCCUGCCUGCUGCGCAUGUACCACGACUGAGCCCCAAAAACGGGCCGGCCCCGAAAACCGCAGACCCCAAAACUGGGGUACCCCGAGGAUGCGACACCUCUGGGAAAUUAAAGGAUUUGGGAGUUGCCCCCCGAAUGGCAAGGGACACCCCAAAAAUGGGGCAGCUUCCAAAUAUGGGACCCGAAAAAGAGGGGGAAUCCCGAAAAUCUGACAGCCCCAAGGAUGGAGGAGCAGCAUCCCAAAAUUUGGAUAUUUGGAGUCCGGGGGAUCCCCCGGAAAUGGGGACUGUGGGCAUUAGGACACCCCAAAUCCAGUGGAUGCAGGAGUGGCAGCACCCCAAAUAUCGGGACAUUGGGAAUUGGGGAACCCCAAAAAAAGGGGUGACUCCAAAACUGGGACACCUCGACUUAACCCCAUGGAGACUCCCCAAAGCUGGGGGUGUCUGGCAAGCGGGACCGCUCCAAAAUGGGGGAAACCCCGAAAUUUUUGGGCGCUCCUCCCACGUGACCCCAGAAGGGCGGGGGGGGGGUGGGGGGGAGGGAGUAAUAAAGAGGUGGAAAUGGA